AGGAGGCAUCCGACGACGAGACGCUGGACAGCCUCGAGCCGUUCCCACAGCAACAGGCCCAUGACAUGGAGCCCUUAGAGCAUUUCGCCCAGGACACGGGAACCUUAGAGGAUUUCGCCGCCCUGCCAAAGGGAUCCAGGGUCGCUGGGCACUUAGGGGAUGCACCCACGGACGUUCCCACCGUGCUCCACGUGGACGACGACGAGAACAGUCAGGCGCUACUGAUGAAGUCCCUCGGCGAGGCCUACAACGUCGUGCAGGUCUCCAGCGGCCGAGAGUGCAUGGACUACCUUGAGGAGUGCGCCGUGAUGCCCGACCUGGUGCUGCUGGACGUCGUGAUGCCCAGCAUGAGCGGCAUCGAGGUGCUGGCCGCGAUUCGGGAGUCCCAUUCGAUGAUCAGCCUCCCCGUGGUGAUGACAUUUGCUGGCAGCUCCGCGGCCAGUGUCGUCAAGGGAAUAGAGAACGGCUGCAACGACUGGGUCCACAAGCCGUUCGACUGCGCGGAGCUCCUGGCGCGGGUGAAGUCGCAGAUACGCCACAAGGGCCUCGUACAGGAACGGCUAGGGGAGUGCGUCCACCGCGACGUGCUGAGGGCCGCGGUGCCCGAUUCUUUGUUGCAGCAGCUGCUCGACCAGGCGGGAGUGCCAAAGGCAGCGGCUGGCCAGAGGCGGAAGCAGGUCCGGAGGCGCCCCGCCAGCGAGGCGCCCGUCGGACGCCACGGCACGCCUCGGCGAAAGGGCGCUGAUGAGGAGCUGACGGCAGAUGCCGCGGUCGCGGCCAGCGCUGCCAAGGCGGAGGUGGAACAGCUUCGGAGCCAUGCCAAAUCUCUCAAGCAGAAGCAGCUGGAGGAAGACAGGAGCCUGGCGAGGGUGCAGGAGAGGCUGGACCAGUCUCACAGCCAGAAGCAGGGGCUGGAGAGGGAGGUAAAAGAGCUGCAGGGCCGCAUCGAGAAGCUUCGGCUCGAGAAGUACAGGAGCGAGCAGUCGCGGCUUGAGCCAGAGGUGACCACCGUGCCAGAACCGACGGUGGCAGAGGCGUGGUCGUCUUCCCCGGCACCAGCGGUGGAGGUGACCGCUGCGGAGCCAGCGACGACCCCUGCUGCGACAACCUUGGCGAACGUGACUGCAGCCAUUUCCAAGGCACUUAAGGCGCUGCCAGGUGGCCGGCUUGAGCGACACGAUGCCCAGGUCGUGAUGCAGCUCUCUCACCUGGCACUGGAGGCUCGGCUGAAGGAGCGGACCGUGGAAGACCUGAGGGCAAAGCUGCAGCAGCAGUCGGCGCUGCUGUAUGACACGGAAGAGAGAUGUCGGUGGUUGGAGCAUACUUUGAGACGGAUGCGCCUCGACUCGGCACUGCUUGGCGAGCGCAUGGUCGGUGGCCCGAUGACUUCCCCAGCGGCAGCGCCCCUAGGUGCUUAGCCUGCAGGAGCGAGGCGUCGGGCACUGUCCCAAGCUCCCAGGGGAUGGCGGAAGCGUGAGAGGCGCGUGCUGCAGCUGUCAAUAUUUUCAUAGUCAGUGGCCUUCGGCUGGAGCAGACCUUCAAACGGAUGCCCUGUACUCGGUCAUGCGUGGCGUGCGCAUGGACGGUGGCCUCACGCGCUCCGCGGCGGCAGGGACCCCGUGUGUUUAGCCUGCAGUUGCGAGACGUCGGGUAUCCGGGCGUUCCCUCUGCACCGCUGCCCCGAUUUCCCAGGAGAUGCCAGAGGUGUGAGAGGUACGUCCUCGCCGCGUGUCGUCCAUAUUUUCAUUAUAUCGAAGACUGCCUCGCGGUACGGUGGCGAAUUUCUCUUAUUUGUCAUGAGAGGAACGGCUAGUUUACUGGAGCUCGCUCGCUCUUUGCCUUUUUCUCUCCUUGGAUUUUCUUGCGGCCGUUUCGGUCGAGUUUCACGCUCAACGCUGCCCUCUGGUCCCCGAUAGCAGGUGUGCGCGCGCCUUCGCCACUGCCGCGGACGGCGACGGCGCGGUGGCCGCCGAGGGGAAAGCGGACAAACGCCGGCGCUACCUCGAGCGGCGCGCCUUUUGACCGUUGCUCCCGCUGGCCCACGAGACAGCGGACCGCCUAGGCCAGGCCGCGCUGCGGCACCUGCGCUGGCUUGCGCGGGACCGCGCGCAUGGUGUGGGCGACGGCCCCGCUGCCGAGGCGGCCGCUGGCGCGCUGGCGCGGCGACGCGGCGCUGAAUUCAGAGUUGCGCUGCGCCGGGCCACGGCGAGGAAGCUGCGGUCUUCCAUCGGGCGCGACCGCGCCGAGGAGGCCGCGGCCCGUUUUGGCCGACAAGCUGGCCGGGUAGCCGGCAGGGCGCCUGGGCGCGGAGAAGAGCCCUACAUCCACGUCGCGCUCUUCCUGCUGAUCACCAGGGGUGGGUGUGCUUUGGCGCGCGGCGCAAAGGCUCGUUCGACG